AUGAGUUCCAACAACAGUAGACUGGCAGCGCCAAGUUUGGCAUUAGGUGCCUUGCUGUUGACUUCCACGCUGCUGCUCUGUUUGCAGCUGGACCAUGUGGAAGGCUUUGUGCCCUUGUCAACGACAAUCACCGCUGCCAAUAAGAGAUGUUCGGAACAAAUCGCCACAAGACAAGGCCGUCUGUACUAUUCGGCAUCGUCCUUUUAUGACAUGGACGAAGACGACGACGAAGAUGAUGACGACGACGACAUGAUUGAUCCAGAUUCUCUGGGAGACUGGAGAGAUUUUCGAAGAAAUCUUGCCCAAUCCGAGCUGUCCAUGCAAGAAGGAACUGAUGAAAGCAGUAGUAGUACUGUUCUUUCUUCUGUGAGAACAUCCGUGUCCAAGGAAAACGAACAGGUGCUCUUCAGUCAAAAUGAAGAUCUAGCGGAGGAAUUCAAGAACGGUGCUUGGGCGCAUGAGAUCUCCACUCCGGAAGUUGGCGGCCUCAUCGUACGAAUGCCCAUUGAAGUGGAACUCUAUCGCAAUCAUCGACACUCCAUUGUAGGCCGCAAAUUGCGAAAAAUGUACGACGACACUCUUGAUUUGGACGAUGCCAAGGCGUGGUACCGAAAGGCCCAGUUAUUGGUGGAAGACUCCAUGUCAGAAAUCGCAAGCACUGCGGAUGACAGCGGCCAGAUUGACUCGACAUCCCUCUCGGAUGAAUCCACCGAAAUGCUACAAAUCUUUCUCGACAAUCAGGAUACUUGGCAAGAAGUGUGUCUCGUAGUCGAGCGAGAUGAAGACAUGGGAAGGGCCAAGGCGUUGGUUCUCAACCGUCCCAUGGCCAUGAAAUUGACAGAGAACCUCUCCCGUCUCGUACUCUAUGGAGCCUUUCAGCGUACUGGCCAAGAGCAAGACAGCCACGUCAAAAAAGACCUUGUCAAGUUCAUGCUGGCAUUUGGAAAUGAAGCUGCGGUGUAUGUCGGAGGCACGGACAAUCAGGAUGAAGCCGCGACAAUGAUCCAUGGCAUCAAGGAUUUACCGGGAGCUCGGGAAAUCUCACCCGGGAUCUAUGAAGGUGGAUUGGAGGCUGCUAUUGAUGGAGUUCUGGAGGGCAAGUACAAUCCAUUGGAAUUCCGCUUCUUCGUUGGGUGCCACAACUACGAGGAGUCCACGUUGGAUGUUGCUGUUGUGCUGGGAAAGUACCAGCCUCUGGCAUGUGCUCGGUCGGUUGCGCUGAAACAGUGUAUCAGCCUGCCAAAACCACUCUGGCACGAAGUUUUGGAACUAUGUGGUGGGGAUAUGGAGGAAGUGUCAAAGCUGGAAAUGCUGAAGAGAGACGACAUCCUCUUCCAAGUUAUUGAUGAAGACGACGAAGAUUUGCUAGACGAGCUGGCACUGGAUGAUGACGAAGAUGAUUAUUACGAUGACUGA